AUGGAUCUGAUCACCCCUGUGUGUGACGACAGAAUCACCAUCCUUCCCGCAGAUGUGAUACAUCGGAUUUUGUUGUUCUUACCACUCAAAGCUGCUGCCAGAACGGCCUUGCUGUCGACACAGUGGAGGAGCCACUGGAGACGCAUUCCUCAGCUCGUGUUUUUCAACGAUUUCAGAAUUGCUCCCAAUGACGAGUCGAUGAUGAAAACAUUAAUUUUCAACAUCUGCAGGGUUCUGCUGCUUCACGAUGGGCCGAUCGAAAAGUUCACACUUGCAGUUCCUGGAUUAAGAUCGGCCCCUUGCGAGAGCGAGAUCGGUCAGAUCAUCCUCCAUCUUUCUAACAGAGAUGUCAAGACAUUCCAGCUCGUUUUCUAUGUUCGUGACAAUCAGGUGUACAAGUUACAUUCCGCCUUGUUCUCUUGUCAUCAACUGAACGCGCUGGAUCUUCGUUACUGCGAGUUCAGACAACCAUCAUGGUUUGUGGGUUUUGGCAAGCUCAACAUUCUUCACAUGUGCCAAGUAAUCCUGCCCACUGAUUUCUUUGAGAAUUUCCUUGGCAAGUGCCCCAACCUUCAAACUCUGCUGGUGAAAGAUUGUGUUGGUCCAAGUAAUAUUGAAGUCGUGGCUCCCCGUCUCCAAAUAUUCACCUUCUAUGGGUAUUUGCUGCAAAUCUGCUUCAAGCAUGCUCCACUUCUGCAGUCACUUGUAAUUGAUCUCCAUGUUCGCGGACAAGGAGUCGAGAAGCCUGUUGUUGACACUGCAGCUUUAUUUGCUUCCCUCCCAGCACUCCAACAAUUUCGACUCGACUUUCAACUCCUACAGUACUUUGCUCCAGGGAAUCACGUGAGUGCCCCCAUUAGGCUUCCUGCUCCACUUCACCGGAUACAAUCCGUCAACAUAAGAAGUGUUGAUUUGGGCAGCUGGGAGAAGGCGUUUGCUUUUGCUUGUCUGAUCAUGAGUUUCCCCAACUUGCUUUACCUCACAAUUCAGCUGGAAGCUAGCCAACAAAAUUAA